AUGUCACUGGGAGAGCUGAGAGGGAACGAAGGGAAAAUCCCCGCUACUGUGCAGCAGCCUGGGCGUGAGAACAUAAGUGAAGUCUCCCUGAGGUCAGGGAAGGUAUACCAGAGCCCCAGCCCACCUGCAGUGUCCCCAGAGUCUACGACUGGACAGAGCCACCAAGAAGAAGGAGAGUCCAGUGGAGCGGAUCAAGCCAAAGGAAGAGAUAAUGGGAAAGCGAAAGUGGGCGGCGAGACCUCAGGAGAGAGACAAGGAGAAGAAGUUGAAAAGGUCAAGCCGUACCCAUACAGCGGAAUGGUGACCAGGAAGAAAGACGCCACAAUCGACGUGACCAGUAUGUUCAAAGACGUGGAAGUCAAGGUGCCACUCCUGACGGCGUUGAAGAUGCCCCCGAUUAGCAAGUUUAUCAAGGACUACCUGGCGGGGAAGGUCAAUGAAGACGAGAGAAUGAUCACAGAAGAGAAUGUCUCUGCAGUAAUCCUGUGGAGCAACCUCCCCUCAAAGAAGACCGACGCAGGGAUGUUCACACUCCCGAUUUCAAUUGGGGAUAUUCAAGUGGAGCACGCCAUGUGCGAUCUCGGGGCAUCUAUCAACGUUCUGCCGUAUGCUAUUUAUAAGAAGCUGGGAGAGGCUAAGCUGGUCGACACCGACAUCAUGAUACAGCUAGCCGACAGAUCUUGCAUUCACCCGAGGGGAAUUCUGGAAGAUGUAAUCAUGAAGGUGAACAAUUUUCUGUACCCAGCCGACUUCUUCGUCAUCAAGAUGACAGAGCCAGCAGAGAAGGAGUCCAGCGGAGUUCUGUUGGGAAGACCAUUCCCGUCGAUGGCCAACACUAUAAUCGACGUCCGUAAUAGGACGAUCAGUUUGGACUUCAACGGAGAACAAUUUACGUUCAACAUCGGCGAAGCAAUGAAGAGGCCGGCAGACAAUGAAAAUGUGUAUUCAGUGGAUGUGACCGAGCCGCUGGGGCAGGAGUAUUUGGAAGAGGAGUUCUAA